ACAGGGUGGCACACCGUGGUCAUCCUCCAUGAACCUCUCUGCUCUGGUACCUGUUCCUAAGACUCUCAUUCAUUGAAUUCCUUUUCUAUGCCAUUGCAAUCACAAGGUUUAGGACUUAGGGCUCACACCUUCGCACAGUAGACAUGCCACCACCCACGGGGAAGAAGGCUACAAGCAAAACGGCAAAGCGCCCGAGGGAUUCUUCGGAUUCUCAAUCUGGUGAUGACAUGCAGCCCGAUGUUCCCAGCAAACCAGAAGUAUCCGUGAUUGUGAUCAGCGAUGAUGACAGUCCUUCAUCAGAUCAAGAUGAUCAGCAGGGGAGGGAAUCUGCUCAGCCGAUGAGAACAGAACUUCAAGGUCAUCUUACACAGUCUUACCUUGCAAAGAGAAAAGAGUUUCACCAAGAUGUAACCACUUCUGUUGACAUCCUGAAUGAAAAGCUUGUGGGUAUUAUUAAAACGCAACAGAGGGAGAGGAAGAAACUUUGUUCCAACUAUGCUAAGAGGUUUGAGCCUCUUUUUCAUCAGUGGGAAAAGGAUGUGGCGGAAGUUGGGCAAGCAGAAGACAAUUUUGUUAAUUUAUCCUAUCAGCAUGCAGAGAUUUUGUAUAACACUGUGAUGGCACAGAAAGCAACCUUUGAUGAAGCAAAGACUAUUUCUGAUCAAUUUCUAAAGAAUAUCCAAGCCCUUGAGGAUCAGCACAAAGCUCUUGAUGCUGUUGAGCAAAACAGAUUGGAAAACGAAUUGAAAAACCUGAAGGAGAAACUUGUGACAGAAAAUCAACAUCGGGACUUGGCAGCUAUAGAAUCGUGUCUUCACUCUCUGUUCUCCAAGGAUAGUGAAGAGGAUAACCUGUGACCAUAUGUCAUGUGACAUACACAGAACCUUCCCUACACUACCAAAAAGUGAAAGUGGCACAUAUCAUUUGCCAUUCUUUUGUGUGGUACACAUCAGACUCCAUGUCUGUCCACCAUCAUGUGAGCUCGGAGCAGUUUGGUGGGUUGCAGCCAUGACAAGGUGCUGAUAAAUAUUGAAUUAUCAGGCCCUUUGGCAGAAACACAGAAGCACUCUCACUAACACCAAUAGUUAGGUUUAGUAGCACAUAGUAGAAUUAACUCAGCGGCCUUGUAAAAGCUCUCUACUGAAACUUACAUUUGUCUUGCAAAAAAACAAAAUCCAACUGCUAAAACUUAUCAUAAACUGAAAAGAGAAAAACCAAAAGGUCCCAUGCAGAUCUUGGGGCAGGGGUGGGGAUCGGGGAGCAGGUUGUGGCAUUUCUAGGUAGCUAAUGUUCAUGUAAUUGUUUUGUAAUUAAUUGUAAUUGUUCAUGUAGUUGUUUAUUGACACUUGUCCUUAGUGUUAUCAAUGGCCUUUGAUUUAUGUUAUAAUUAUGCUUAAUUUCUUUCCUCAAUAUUCCACUUCUGCCCUUUCAUCAUAUGCUAUCUGGAGUGCUUUGUUUUUCAAGUUAUGUUAUCAGAGAGUCUACAGAAGUUUCCGUAUAAAUGCAUUUAACU